AAUGGCACUCCCAACACCUUCCAUAAUACUUUGCCAACCUCAUUGUCCUCGCCCCACUGAACCACACUCAAAUGAGUCAGAACCUCUUGGACGCCCUCAACGUCCGAGUCGUCGGCGACGGCGACCGGGUCCUCGUCCUCGCUCACGGCUUCGGGACCGACCAAUCCGCGUGGCAGCGCAUCCUCCCCUCCUUCCUCCCGUACUACCGCGUCGUCCUCUACGACCUCGUGUGCGCCGGCAGUGUCAAUCCGGGCUGCUUCGAUUUCCGGCGCUACUCCACGCUCGACGGCUACGUCGAUGACCUGCUCUCCAUUCUCGACGCCCUGGGCAUCGACCGUUGCGCGUAUGUCGGGCACUCGGUGUCGGCCAUGAUUGGAAUCCUGGCCGCCAUCCGACGCCCGCGCCUCUUCACCAAGCUCGUCCUCAUCGGAGCCUCGCCAAGGUUCUUGAACGAUGAAGAUUACCAUUGCGGGUUCGAGCGAGAGCAGAUCGAGCAAGUUUUCACGGCGAUGCAGUCGAAUUACGAGGCGUGGGUGAACGGUUACGCGCCCUUAGCCGUGGGGUCCGAUGUCCCGGCAGCGGUCCGCGAGUUCAGCCGGACAUUGUUCAACAUGAGGCCCGACAUAUCGCUCUUCGUGCUACGCACGGUCUUCAACAGCGACUUGAGGGGUGUGCUGGGCCUCGUGACGGUGCCCUGCUGUAUAAUCCAGACCGCUCACGACGUCGCGAUACCGACAUCGGCGGCGACUUACCUGACGAGCCACUUGGGCGGUCCGAACACGAUGGAGGUGGUGGAAACGGAGGGCCACCUGCCGCAUCUCACUGCACCAAGGCAGUUCACUGAGGUGCUCCGGCGAGUGCUUUCGCGGUGAUCGGCGUAGGCGUCGCCGUAAGACCCGACGACCCGCAGCGAACGUCGGGCACGCGUAGAAUUUACUCUAUCUUUUUUCUUUUUUCCUUUUUUGGUUCUUUUUUGUGCGGCUGAAACAAGUCUACCGUGCGGCGCCGUUUAAGGGGUCAACUAUGCGGUCAAACUUGGAUAA